CUAAAGAGACCACAAUGAAAACAUGUAUUUGUUUGUUUUGUUUUGGUGGAUAUUUAGAUAAUUAAUUAUAUAUAUAUGUUUUACUAAAAAAUUAGUGUGAUGAAAAUUAUAAAUAUGAAACGAACGGAGCCAGAAUUACCUUUUGCCUUUACCAUAAAGUUUAAAGUGUAAUCAAUAAAAGGUUUAAACCUGUUGCUAAACUUUGUGAAUUUUACUUUAUAAUUUGCAAUCUGAUUUACUAAAAGCAGGAAAACGUUUUUGCAAAAUGGCAGAAUUUGCGUUGACUGUGAAUCUUGUUCUGGAAGAUGAAGAAAAAACUAUGUCUGUGCCCUGUUUAAAUAUAACCACUGCAGAAGAUGUCUGCAUGCAUGUGUGCAAAUACUUGAAUAUCACCACUAUAGCUAGACAUUUAUUUGCUUUGAGAAUAACAGGGGAACAGUUAUUUCUCAUGCCAUCAGCCAUCAUUAAAGAAGAAAAUGUUACUACUGUUGACUUGAGAAUACGUUUCAAAGUCGCAAGCAUUACCAAGCUAAAGAAAAUUGAUGUAAAUGCUUACAAUUAUUAUUUUCAACAAGCACGCAAAGAUGUCUUAGACAAUAAGAUACCAGAUCUUGUUUAUGAUAGGUUUAAAGAAGAAUUAGUUGGAUUAGGUAUUACUGAUAUGUUCCGGGUGAUGUUAGAAAAAAAGAUAUCCAGAGAAACUGUUGAAAAUGACUAUAAGAAAUAUAUUCCUAAAGAAAUUUUAAAGAAACACAUAUUUUUUAUUAAGAAGCUUAUCCACACAAACCUUGGGAGGCUGUCAAAAAGUGUCACAGAUGCUUCGUAUGUUAUGGCAGAAUAUGUAAAACAAUUGGAUCUAAUUGCACCAGAAUAUUUAUCGGAAGUGUAUAAGGCACAAAUUGAUCAGGACGGAUCCCUUAGGAAUAUUCUUGUCAAAGUUUCGCCUUCUUCGAAUAUCACCUAUUGCUCAGAAUCAAAACGAGAUGAAUGGAAACUGAUCUGUACCAUAGAGGAGUUGGGUUUUAUUUCAAUUAGAAACAAUGGUGCUAUAGAAAUAAGUCGAAAAAAUGGAAUUCCUUUUUACUUAAAGUUUCGCAAAGACGAUAGAGAUACCCGUGCAUUUAUAAGCUUGCUUGAUGGAUAUUAUAGGCUUACAUGCAAGUGGACGUUUAACAUUUGCAAGGAAGUCAUCACGCCUUCGUUGAAAAAGUUACAACAAAUGAAAUGUCAUGGGCCUGUUGGAGGUGAGUUUUCAUAUGCUAAAUUAGAAGACAAACGGGCAAACAGAACAGGCUGUUUUAUUAUAAGAGAGAGCGAAACUAACUAUAAUACUUACUACAUCGACGUUUGUGUGAAAGACAGUAUUAAACCAAAAACGUAUAAAGUCGAGAAGAUUAAGGACGAAUUUAUUUUCAAUGGAGACAUAACAAGGUACAAAACAAUUCAGCAAUUGAUAAAAGCAUAUAGUGAUCCAGAGGGAGCUAUUUUUCUCCAGGAAUGCCUUCCGCCUUCCGAAUAUGAUUUAUCACAAGUGCUGCUAUGUAGAAGUGAUAGUUUAGUUGGUGAUUCUAUAGCUGACACUUCCCAAAUCAGCGAGCUACCAUCUACGCCUGUUUGUAUUAAUUUUAAAGAUUUACAAGUUUACAAGGAAAUCCUGACAAGCGACCCACCGGGCCUUGGUGUUAUACAAUGAAUAAUGAUUUGAUCUAUGAAUCGUGCGCUAUACCACUGUGUUCCUUUUCCCAAUGCAGAAUUACUGGUCCAGGUAUAGAAUAC